CUCAACCAAGGGAAGCCGCCUCCUGCGGGCGAGAGGAGGGAGCCGGAUCCGCAGACAGGCUGCCCGCGCCGGCUCUUGGACCUGACUUUGACCUCUGGUCCUCUCGGGGCCCUGAACCGUGGCAGGGCAGAAAUAAUUCUUUUAAACAAUAUAGGACCGUUCUCGGAUCGCUUAAAAAAACACAAAAAGAAAACACCAAACAGCCCUUGCGAAAAACCCACAAAUCUGUGCCUGAGACACGUGAAGUCAGCGGCCCAGGGUUGUUAACAGACUCAAGACCUUUUAUAGGGUCGUGCAGUGCGAUGGACGAAUUUCACCCAUUCAUCGAGGCUCUUCUUCCCCACGUCCGUGCAAUCGCCUAUACUUGGUUCAACCUGCAGGCUCGAAAGCGCAAGUACUUUAAAAAGCACGAGAAGCGAAUGUCAAAGGAUGAAGAAAGAGCAGUCAAAGAUGAGCUUCUCAGCGAGAAGCCCGAGAUCAAACAGAAGUGGGCAUCCAGGCUCCUGGCCAAACUGCGCAAGGAUAUCCGCCAGGAGUACCGAGAGGACUUUGUGCUCACCGUGACUGGCAAGAAGCACCCGUGCUGUGUCCUGUCCAACCCUGACCAGAAGGGUAAGAUCAGGAGGAUCGACUGCCUGCGGCAGGCAGACAAAGUCUGGCGUCUGGAUCUGGUCAUGGUGAUCCUGUUCAAAGGCAUCCCCCUGGAAAGUACCGAUGGAGAGCGGCUCAUGAAGUCCCCGCAUUGCACAAACCCAGCACUUUGUGUCCAGCCACACCACAUCACAGUGUCAGUUAAGGAGCUCGACUUGUUUUUGGCGUACUACGUGCAGGAGCAAGAUUCUGGACAAUCAGGAAGUCCAAGCCACAAUGAUCCUGCCAAGAACCCUCCAGGAUACCUUGAGGAUAGUUUUGUAAAGUCUGGAGUCUUCAAUGUAUCAGAACUUGUGAGGGUAUCCAGAACACCCAUAACCCAGGGAACUGGAGUCAAUUUUCCAAUUGGAGAGAUCCCGAGCCAACCGUACUAUCACGACAUGAACUCCGGGGUUAAUCUUCAGAGGUCACUGUCUUCUCCACCGAGCAGCAAAAGACCCAAAACCAUAUCCAUAGAUGAAAAUAUGGAACCAAGUCCCACAGGAGACUUCUACCCCUCUCCAAAUUCACCAGCUGCUGGAAGUCGAACAUGGCAUGAAAGAGAUCAAGACAUGUCUUCUCCAACGACUAUGAAGAAGCCUGAAAAACCAUUGUUCAGCUCCACGUCUCCCCAGGAUUCUUCCCCGAGACUCAGCACUUUCCCCCAGCACCACCAUCCCGGAAUCGCCGGAGUCGCGCACAGUGUCAUCUCAACUCGAACUCCACCUCCGCCCUCUCCGCUGCCAUUUCCAACACAAGCGAUCCUUCCUCCAGCCCCAUCGAGCUACUUUUCUCAUCCAACAAUCAGAUACCCUCCCCACCUGAAUCCUCAGGAUACUCUGAAGAACUAUGUACCUUCCUAUGACCCAUCCAGUCCGCAAACCAGCCAGCCUAACAGCAGUGGUCAAGUGGUAGGGAAAGUGCCUGGCCAUUUCACUCCUGUCUUGGCACCCUCUCCCCAUCCCAGUGCAGUGCGACCUGUGACCCUGAGCAUGACAGAUACUAAGCCCAUCACUACAUCCACUGAAGGUGAGGCAGCUUCACCUACAGCGACCACCUACACAGCCUCAGGCACAUCUCAAGCCAGUCGAUAUGUGGGACUAAGUCCAAGAGACCCAUCCUUCCUACAUCAGCAACAGCUGAGGAUUUGUGACUGGACCGUGAAUCAAAACGGCAGGCAUUUAUACCCCAGUACCAGUGAGGAUACAUUGGGAAUUACUUGGCAAAGUCCUGGUACCUGGGCUAGCUUGGUUCCUUUCCAAGUGUCAAAUAGGACACCCAUCCUACCGGCAAAUGUCCAAAAUUAUGGUUUGAACAUAAUUGGAGAACCUUUCCUUCAAGCAGAAACGAGCAACUGAGGGAAAAA